CUUUUGUUUCUUACCAGUGCCGUUCUUUCUUCUUUAUCUUCCCUUACCAUGACAACUUAUUCCCACUUGGAUUAUAGAGUGAUUGAACCGACAUCACUUCGCAAUGUCGGUCAGCGCGAAUUCGUUGUCCCAGUAUCUGGAGCAGCUGCCUGGGACAACUUUUAGAAAGCUUUACCAGCAGCCAUCCACAGCCUUUGCCAUCUUCAGGCGCAUGCUUCCUCACACAGCAAAGACUAUUGUGAUGGCAGUUCUUUAUUCUCCGACACCAUUCUCUCUUGCCGACCUCGACCUUUGGGUUAAACCAUCCGCGAAUCGCGAAAAGGACCAAGCUUUAGCCAUCCUUCGAUCUCUUCAUAUAGUUCAGCCUCAGUCACUGGCCCUGACUGUUAACUUCAGAAAUAGCCUACGGCUUGCGUUGGAAGGAGGAGGCGACCACAAUUCGUUUGGCGUCCCGUCCGCCGAUCCUAUUCCUAACGAAGUCGAUCAUGCGUUCCUGGAUAAAUAUGCGAGGAAGAAGUGGGACGAUAUCCUACACUACGUUGUCUCGGCUACCGGCCUUACUAUAGAGAAGGGGACUACUGGACCUAAGCAGUCUGUUAAGGACCUUCUCAUGGCUGGCCGCCUAGUCGAACGUAGUCAUGGCGAACUCAAGAUUACACACAUCGGUUUCUCGUUCUUGCUGCAAGAAGCAAAUGCCCAAGUUUGGGCUCUACUACUCCUCUGGCUCGAGGCCAUCGAUGCGGCCAACGCUAACGGAACGAUAUCGGAUAUGGACGGCGUGGACAUGCUAUCAUUUUUCUUCCUGCUGGCAUCCCUUGAGUUCGGGCGCGCGUAUAGCACCGACGCCCUGUCCGAGAGCCGGCGCAACAUGCUUACCGUGCUCAUCGAUUUCGGACUCAUCUACAUACCCCAACACAACAAGCGCCAAUUCUUCCCCACGCGCCUCGCCACGACCCUGACGAGCAAUGAGACAGCUCUCCGCAGCGUCAGCGCCGGAUUCUCAGCAGCCGCUAGCGCGACGAGCGACGAGCAGGACAAGUGCACCAUAAUCCUCGAGACCAACUUCCGAAUGUACGCCUACGUGCACUCGCCCCUCCAAAUCGCCGUCCUCGCACUCUUCUCCGACCUCAAGUUCCGCUUCAAGGGCCUAGUAUCCGGCCACCUAACCCGCAAAUCGAUCAAGAAAGCCGUCAGUCACGGCAUCACAGCAGACCAAAUCGUCGCAUACCUCUCUACACACGCGGACGAACAAAUGUACCGGUACGCAGCCUCGGCGAACAAGCCCGUGCUUCCCCCCGUCGUCAUCGACCAGAUCCGGCUGUGGCAGCUCGACACCGAGCGCGUGUCCACGACCGAAGGCUACCUCUUCAAGGAGUUCGGCGACUAUAAAGACUACAAGGGCGUCGCCGACUUCGCCGAGAACAUCGGCGUCUGCACCUGGCGCAACGAUAAGAAGGGGAUUUUCUUCGCGACGAAGGUCGAGCAGAUCAAGGACUUCAUGAAGUCCCGCCGGAAGGCGAAUGAGGCCGGUGGUGGCUGAUUCUGUAGCGCUGGGAUAUAUAGAAUGCUGGAUUGAUGCGAGAUGAAGUGAGUACGCUGCAUCCUACUUUUAGACGUUGGUUUCAUCCUGGAUGUCAUGAAUCAUCAGGCUAGGCGUUCUGUGGUCUUGCAUUGGGAUACGGUAGGCACUGGAUGAAUUAUGUUGUCUGCGUAUAAGCAAGUAGACAGGCGUUUUUUAAAAAGCCAUUCUGCAUUGAAUGAAGGCUUCUGUCAUGUUUGCAUUUAGGAAAAUAAAAAAGGUUACUUUACGAAUAUCAUCACGAGUCGAUAUCUUCUACGAGACAGUCACUUGUAGUCAAAUAACUAAGUCCAAGUGGACGUUUUUAGCCAA